AUCGAUUAUGGACAUACAUUCACUGUCUGCUGCUGCUGACAGAAGUGGCGACUGAGGUGGUUUGAUGAUUGAAUCAAGUUAAAUGCACAAAUCAAGUUUGAUAAAACUCAAAUCUUGUUGACAUUAGAUAUAUAUUUUUACACUUAAUUUCAGAUUGCAUUACUUUGCUAAAGGAGUACUUAAUAAAAUGGUGAAAUUUGCUGAAGCUGAGAAACGUGGUCGUGGAGGAGACACAUGCACAAAUUCUGGAAGCAGCGGAAGCAAUACAAUGAGUGGAAGUGGAACCAACAGACCUUACAUGAUGAUUGACAAACCAAAGAUAAACCGUCCUAUGUUGGAUGCUCUUAAAGCUCAUAUUAUGCAGGAAAGAAGGAGAAAGCAUGAAGAACAACAAGAAGUUGAAGCUGAAGAACGCCGUAGGAAGGAGCAUGAGAGCCGGAAAAAGCAACACGCUAUGACCCUGGAGGAAACUAAAGAGUCCAUUGCCAAACAAACCCAGCAGCUGGAGGUUCUCAAGAAUAAAAAACAUGAUCUAUUCCAGCAGCUGAAAAAAGUCCUCAACAAUGAAGACAAGAGGAAGGAAAGGCAUGAUCAGCAUCCCACUUACAUGAAAGAAAAUGACAUCAUUGUGGCUCAGCAGCAACCACAGAUGCCAUUACCUCUUCAUUCUCAACAAGUGGUGUUCCAAUCUGGUCUGCUACAUGGGGGAGUUCCUCGCUCAUCCAUCUCGUCUCUGUACAAGCUCUCUUCCCAGUCCCCUCACCCCCUCCAGCCUUCCCAACAACAGCCUUCUGCUCAACAGUCUCAGAUCAACAUAAAGCGUUCACGUAGUCCGUCUCCAGUGUCAUACCAGAACGCUGCACUGCCGUACUCAUUCAAGAAUCUCAGUGCCAACUCCACCACAGUUGUGUCCGUGUCACAGCCUGGUGCUAAAGGAAGCGUCUACUUGUCAUCCCCAGCCAGCGCCUUCUUCCAUGGCCCUCCUGGUCAACCUCCCCCAUCUCACCACUCACAGCCACCACACCACCACCCACCUCCACCCUCAGCUGCUCAUCACCCUCAACCUCCUGCUUCACACCACCAGCCGCAGGCUCUACAUCACCCAGCUUCACAAGCAUCACAUCACCACCCGCCCCCUGGCCAGUACAGCCUGGCGCGUGAUGAGAAGCACACCGCAGUCUAUGGCCUCCAUGCGGCCGCCGCUGCAGCUGCUCGAGCGAGCUUGAUGCUGUCUGGCGCAGGACUGCAUCCUAUGGACCACAAGAAGCCUGGUGAACCUGAGAAGCUCUACAGCGGCCCUCACGGCAUGCACGCACUGCCCCUGCAGCAGAGUAAUGCUGUAAAAUCUGGGAGCAUCACAUCAGGCUUCCCAGUGCGGCAGACGCUGCCACCUCCUGCUACGCAGGCGCCUCCCGCAUCACACUCCAACGUCCCUCAGGCUUACGGUCACCAGAGGACGACCUACUACUAAAGCCGUCAUACCAGCCGCAUCUGAAUUUUGUGUUCCAUCUUUUAAAAUAAAUUAUAGAAACAUUUUUUGGUGGACGACAUCAGCUUAAUUCUCGGCAGAAUUGCGAUUCCAAGUUUUUAGCGAUUAUUUAUAGAAAGGAAUUUUAUUUAAGGAAAGGAUUCUGUGGUUAGCGAAUUUGAACUCGCAUUAAGCCCCACCAGUGAUGCGUAUAGGGAAUUAUUGCAUAGUGUACAUGACAUGGUUGUACAUAGUAGCUAUUCAUUGUUGAUAUUGAAACUAUGUUCCGGAGGUGCAUCCAGUGCAUGUUUCUUCGGGUAAUAGAUGCGAUUAUUUCAAGUAAAUCGGUUAACAGGAUGUUGUUAAUAUACAGUAUAGUUUGCAUCUCACUAUUGUCCAAGGGUGACAUCGUUGUCUGUGACUAACGAUGCUAUUCUUUCAUCAUAAUUAUUCAACUUAUUGCAGCUGUGUUAGCACUAACGCUUCAGCUGAGGAAAAAAAUUGCACAAACGUUUGGGCAUUUGUUUUCAUACAUGCACGAUUAAUUGAUGUGCAAAGCACGGUUACAGAAUUAUUUUCUCAGAGGGCCAUAUGAUAGUUUAAUUUAAAAGUUAGAAGUAUUAUUGCCAUCUAUUUUGACCUUGUUCAAAUUUCAAUGAUAAUAUAACAUAUCGCCAAUUGUGCUAGUGCGAGCUGGGUUUAAGAAACUAUUUUGUUGAUGUACCAAAAUGAUUACCUGAGUAACAAAAUUACCACUUGAGGAUAGGACAGUUAUUGACCAUAAGUAUUAUAAAGUACGAUGUUUUACAAUGUAUCUUACAAAUAUGUAGAAAAGUAAAUCCUAUUUAACAAAAUUAGGUUUGAAGACACCUUAACAGUUCAGCAAUGUAUCCAAGAUACUGUAUUAAAGCAGCACAGAUAAUUACAAUUCGUUGUCGACAGGCGAGCUUCUAGAACAGAAUUUGCUGCCACACUUCUUGACUAGGUUUUAGCCAUGUAUAGAUGCAAUGAACGAAAUGAAUGCAAUAAACGUAUCUUAUACAGUAUUUGCAAUUGAAUUGUCAACUUACUCAUAAUUUUGUCUUCAAGCGAAAUAUUGUAUAUAUUGAUUUUAAGCAUGAGUAAUAAAAUGUUGACUUGAUGUAAUCGAAUAGAAAGAACGAGUUUUAAACACGCUGAUAAAUUAA